GAAGACAGCCUCCUCCUGUUCACUGUGGGAGCAACUGGGACUCAAGUAUCCAUCAAGAUCAGUGAACGCCUUGUGUACCUAGGCUCUGACACUGCCCUGUUGCUGGAAAACUAUAGCUCUUCCGACUAUGGAGGAGAAAACGAGAGCGACUUCUGCUGUGACUCACCACCCUGCCCACAAGACUUCAGCCUGAAGUUUGACCAGGCCUUCCUGCCAGUCCUCUACAGCCUCCUCUUUGUGCUGGGGCUGCUGGGCAAUGGUGCUGUGGCAGCUGUGCUGCUGAGCCAGCGGGCAGCCCUAAGCAGCACCGACACCUUCCUGCUCCACCUGGCUGUGGCCGACGCCCUGCUGGUGCUAACCCUCCCCCUCUGGGCAGUGGAUGCUGCGUUGGAGUGGGUUUUCGGCUCUGAGCUCUGCAAACUGGCAGGUGCCCUCUUCAACAUCAACUUCUAUGCAGGGGCCCUCCUGCUGGCCUGCAUCAGCUUUGAUCGGUACCUGAGCAUAGUGCAUGCCACGCAGCUCUACCGCCGGGGGCCUCCCACCCGCGUGGCCCUCACUUGUGUAGUUGUCUGGGGGCUCUGUCUGAUCUUUGCCCUCCCUGACUUCAUCUUUCUGUCGGCCGACCGUGACUUCCGCCUCAAUGUCACCCAGUGCCAGUACAACUUCCCACAGGUGGGCCGCACAGCUCUGCGCCUACUGCAGCUGGUGGCUGGGUUCCUGCUGCCCCUGAUGGUCAUGGCCUACUGCUAUGCCCGCAUCCUCACUGUGCUGCUGGUCUCCAGAGGCCAGCGGCGGCAGCGAGCCAUGCGGCUGGUGGUGGUGGUAGUGGUGGCCUUUGCCCUCUGCUGGACCCCCUACCACCUGGUGGUGCUGGUAGACAUCCUCAUGAACAUGGGGGCCUUGGCCCGCAACUGUAGCCGAGAAAACCAUGUGGACGUGGCCAAGUCUGUCACGUCUGGACUGGGCUAUAUGCACUGCUGCCUCAACCCACUGCUCUAUGCCUUUGUGGGUGUCAAGUUCCGAGAGCGGAUGUGGAUGCUACUUCUACGCCUGGGCUGCCCUGGCCAGGGUGGGCACCAGCGGCAGCUGUCAUCUUCCCGCCGGGAUUCAUCCUGGUCUGAGACCACAGAGGCCUCCUUCCAGGGCUUGUGAGGCUGGGCUGGGGGCAAGCCUUUCACCACAUAGCCUGACUCCCCGCCUCAAUUCCAGGCUCCUCCUUCCCUCUGCCCAGGGUCUGGCUCCCCAGGUGCAUAUUCCUGGCAUUUCCUGACAGCCCCAGCACCUCCAGGUCUCCCAGGGGGUACCCUCCUGACUCCAGGGACUUCAUUGCUCCUUAGUCACCAAAGCUCCAUCCUGCAAAUUCAGAGUUGGCUGCCUUCAGGCCCUUCUUCCUUUGGCUGCCCAGAGCCCCACCACCCUCCUUAUCCAGUAACUAGGCCUUGGCCUUCCCCAUGUGCAAGGAGCUUGAGGCACACGGCAUGGUGGAAGCUGACCCUGUGGGGUCUUGGCCCAAACCUCCAGCCCAGCAGUGACUAGCUAUGGUCCCUAAGACCUCUGUAUUUGCUC